AUGCAAGUUACCACUUUUGUCAGUUCCAAAUGGGCUCAACAGGAGAUAGAUCGUGUUUCUUUGCAGGCCUUUAAGUCAAAGAUUAUUCAUGAUCCUCAAGGGGCUCUAAACUCAUGGAAUGAUUCUCGCCACUUCUGCGAGUGGUCGGGGAUUACGUGUGGUCGCAAGCAAAAAAGAGUCACCGUCCUAAGUCUACGUUCUAGAGGAUAUAACAAGCUAGUUGGGAAAAUUCCACCGAAGUUUGUCUCCUUGUUCAACCUCAAAUUCAUACAUCUGCACUAUAACAGUUUGACAGGAGGCAUCCCACCAUUUCUUGGGAAUGUUACCUCCCUGGAAGUGAUAUCUAUUGCUUCAAAUCCUUUUGGAGGAAAUAUUCCAGAUUCAUUGGGUCAACUUAAAAACUUAACAUCUCUUGGACUUGGUAGAAACAUCCUAUCUGGUGUGGUCCCUACUUCUAUAUACAAUCUCUCAUUCCUUGUUAAUUUUUCUUUGUUUGACAAUCAACUUGAGGGACGUCUUCCACCAAAUUUAGGCCUUGCUCUUCCUCGUCUCCAAUUUUUUCAAAUCUCAUAUAGCUUUCUUGGUGGAUCUAUUCUAGUAUCUUUAUCCAAUGCUUCAAAACUCCAAAAUAUUCAGAUGGAAGAUAAUGAAUUUUCAGGAAAAUUUUCCGUUGAUUUUGGAGACAUGCAACACCUUCAACACCUAAAUUUGAACGGCAAUAAUUUAGGAAGUGGGGAAGGUGAGAUGAGUUUUAUCGAUUCUUUGGCCAACUGCAGCAAUUUGGGGGUGCUCUUCAUAAGAAGAAACCAAUUCAGAGGACCCUUGCCCCAUUCAAUAGCUAACCUUUCUAGUACUAAACUGCAAUAUUUACUUAUUGGUGGGAAUAAUUUGUAUGGAACAAUCUCGUCAGGGAUGGGCGGCCUCCUUAACUUGACUUGGUUGAGUAUGCCUUUUAACAAAUUUUCAGGCACAAUUCCCGAAGAAUUAGGUAAGCUCCAGAACCUUGAAAUUUUAGACUUGUCUAGCAACAAACUCUCCAAUGAAAUUCCUUCUUCUUUGGGGAACCUGUCGAAAAUCACUAGGUUAGGAUUGUUGGAUAACAUAUUAUCAGGAGUCAUACCUAUUAGUCUAGGAAAUUUGAAACAAUUGGAAAUUUUGGAUCUUUCCCGAAAUGACCUUAGUGGAACCAUACCCAAACAAGUUUUUGAAAUAACAUAUCUGUCAAUUUUACUAGAUCUAUCCAAAAACCAAUUGACUGGAUCCAUACCUCCAAACAUAGGUAACCUGAAACUUCUAUCCAAAUUUGAUGUGUCUGAUAAUAAUUUGUCAGGUGAAAUUCCGAGUCAACUUAGUCUUUGUUCUAGUCUAGAAUAUCUUUUAAUGGAUGGCAAUGCUUUCCAAGGAUUUAUACUUGCAUCAUUGAGUUCUCUGAGAGGUAUUCGAAUCGUUGAUCUUUCUCACAACAAUUUGUCUGGCCAAAUUCCAAAAUUCUUAGAGACUCUCGCUUUGGAGAAUCUAAACCUAUCCUUCAAUAAUUUUGAGGGUGAAGUGCCAUCGAAAGGUGUUUUUGCAAAUGCAAGUGCAAUAUCACUUGUCGGAAAUAACGGUAGACUUUGUAGGGGAAUAGCUGAACUACAUUUGCUCAAAUGCACUAGCAAGAAUGCAAAGAAAGAGAGGAUCUCUCCGCGAACCAAAAUAUUGGUAUCAAUUGCAAGUAUCCUUUCAAGACUAACCAUGUUGUCAUUAUUCAUUUUUUGUUGGCUGAGAAAGAGAAGAGGGAAACAACCUUCUGAUUCUGGAUCCAGGUUGAUAAAAGCACUUGUGAAUGUAUCAUAUGAAAGGCUACUCAAAGCGACUGAUGGGUUUUCUUCAACAAACUUGAUUGUUGCACGAAGUUUCGGCUCUGUGUUUAAGGGUAUCCUUGACGAAGAUGAAACUAUUGUUGCAAUCAAAGUACUGAAUCUUCAACGUCGAGGAGCUUCCAAAAGUUUCAUGGCAGAGUGUAAAGUGCUGAGAUAUAACCGUCACAAGAAUCUUGUAAAAGUCAUAACUUCUUGCUCAAGUAUUGAUUUUCAGGGCAAUGACUUUGAAGCUAUUGUUUACAAGUACAUGCCACAUGGGAGUCUUGAGAAGUUGCACCCAGCUCCGGAAGUAGAAGAAGAGCAACCUGAAAUUCAGAAUCUUACCCUUUUUCAUCGAAUAAACAUUGCAAUUGAUGUAGCAUCUACAGUAGAUUAUCUCCAUUAUCGUUGCCAUGAGCCAAUCCUCUGUUGCGAUUUAAAGCCUAGCAAUGUUCUUCUAGAUGAUGACAUGAUAGCUCACUUUGGAGAUUUCGGUCUAGCAAGGUUUCUCCCAGAAGUCUCUAAUUCAGAUCAAAGCAGCUCUGUUGGCAUAAGAGGAACAAUAGUCUAUGCAGCCCUAGAAUAUGGUCUUAGAGGUGAAGUGUCGACAAAUGGGGAUUUAUACAGUUAUGGGAUCCUACUGUUGGAGAUGAUAACAAGGAAAAGACCCAUAGACCUUAUGUUUGAGGGAGGCCUCAAUCUUCACAAUUUUGCAAGAAUGACCUUGCCUGAACGGGUGAUGGACAUUGUCGAUCUAGUACUUCUAAAUGAGGUUGAAGAGGUUGCUACACCUAAUCGUAUACUGGCACAAGAAAGAAACAUCAAAAGAAAGGAAUGCCUCAUUUCAAUGGUAAGCGCCGGAGUGGCAUGUUCAAUGGAUAUACCACUAGAGCGAAUGAACAUAACCAAUGUUGUUCAUGAAUUACAAAAGGUUAAGAACAUCCUUCUCCAGCCUAGAACUGUUCUCAUCAGGCAAGGAGGUAAGAUUUAA